CAUUGCCGAUAUAAUGCCAGACAGACAAGAUCCUGGUAAUGCUGGUGCUGUGUACGUGGAAACACGGCAUAGACUUUAGCGCCGCCCCCGUCAAGCGCAUGGUCGGUGGGAGUUGGAGCUCGCUGGGGAUUCUCCUAAACCAGAAGUCGAGAUGAGUAUUUCUGCACGAGCCAUGCAUUCAGGCGGAGGCGGAGGAAGACCCGAGGACGGGCAGUGGCCAGAAAAGAGGGGGAAUGGGCGUCAACUCUCCUCUACAGGCCAGAACAAUCGAUGUGUCUCUUGCUCGACAGGUGCGAGGCUCCGAGGAGGGGUAUAGACUCUCUUCCAUGCAGGUGCCAUCGACGGCCAUCUCGACAUCUACGCCUUGGAUCAGACAAGCUCUCAUCGACCACCCAGGAAACGAAUAUCAAACCACCCUCGGUCUACUCCGUAGCCUUACGGUAAAUCUCGGCGUCGAUUCCGCGCUGCCUUAUUACCCCGACCUCGUUCUCGCCCACAAUCAUUAUUCAAAAGGAACAGCGCCUGGCCAAUUUCCGGGGCCAUAGCCUAUGACCCCUUCUCCCACCCUCUCGACCACUGCCGAACAUGACUCCACCAGUAAUGGAUCAACCGCAUCAGACCUCCUCGACGCAGCG